GGCUGAGCAAGACGACUCACUCGCCACUGCGACCCGCCGCAACACCUCCCACCCACAACGAUGAAGAGCUGCGCCUUCGCCCUGUCGCUGGUGUGCCUGGUGGCUGCUGCCGCCGCCUACACCACCAAGUACGACAAUAUCGACCUGGACGACAUCCUGCAUAACGACCGCCUGCUCAAGAAGUACCACGAGUGCCUGCUCUCUGACAGCGACGCAUCCUGCACGCCUGACGGGAAGGAGCUCAAGGCUGCCGUCCCUGAUGCGCUGACCAAUGAGUGCGCCAAGUGCAACGAGAAGCAGAAGGCUGGCGCCGAGAAGGUGAUCAGGUUCCUUAUCAAGGAGAAGCCCGACCUGUGGACGCCGCUGGAGAACAAGUACGACCCCACCGGCACCUACAGGCAGAAGUACGGCGAGGAGCUCAAGAGGGUCUCCUCCUAAACUCCUGCAGCUGCUAGUCUCCGCCACUGUGAUAUCUGCAAAUCAGUAUCUCAUGUCUUCAAUUUUUUCCAUUGUCAUAUGCUCAUCUUCAUUAAUAAAUAAUUAAUAAACAAUGGAAAA